UCCGCCAAAACACAGACAGGAAUCAAACGAAGCUUUUGAACUAUUUUAUAUUUGUUGUAAUAUUUUAAUUUCUGAGUAAAAUGUCGGGACUGAUACAUACAAAUGUUAGGAGCAGUAUAAUGAGUCAAAAUUCUCGAUCCAUCAGCGGAUUCGGUGGACCAGAACUCGAUAUUCUGACUGAUGCUGAACUUGUGAAGUUAGUGAACGAUCUUAAAGAACAAAUCAACAUCUUAGGCAUUGAGAAUGAGAUCUUAGAGAAGACUAUCAUGAGACUGGAGCCUUCGUUAAUGCAUGGUGUGUAUCAAGCUUUUGAGUAUGCUACAAAAAUGAGUUCCAACACAUCUUUGCAAGUGGGUAGUUUUAUCAAAAACCAAGCGUCCAAAUUUGGCCUUAUAGACACGUUUAUAAGCCCUUCGCGAAUGCUAACGAGUCCUUCUAGAGUUUCCACCAAGAGAGUUGACUCUGCUCCUAAACUUGGUGGUACCGUAGUUUUCGGGUCCGGGCCAAGGAUCAACGUUCUAGAGAGAGCUGAGUUAGUCUCUGUAGAAAUGGAUGUGGUCGUCGCUAAUUUGAAUAAAAUCAGGAACAAAGGGGCGAAGCAACAUGCUCUGUUGAAAGCUCAGUUAGAGGAAAUCGGUAUGAGAGUGUCAGACAUCGAAAAGGCUAACAAGAUGUUUCAUCAAGAGGUGUUAGUUGAAGGCUGGGAUAAGAUAGCUCAACGGAUCCCCGCAGAAAUAUGGAUCAGGUUCAUGACGGAAUGGGUGAAGAUCUCUGAUAGCCAGAUAGGGAAGCUGCGAUUGAGGACCAGUACUCUAAACACACAGUACAGCAAACUCAAAGGUCAGAUCAAGGUGAAAGCAGAGUUAAGUGAGAGCCUUAGACCUGUUGACUUUGAGAAACUGAAGAUAGAGAACAGUCAAUGUUUGAAACUGAUAGAUCACAAGUUACAACAGCUGGGAGAGUUGAAGAAAAUGACGGGUGAUGCGAAUUUGAACCUAACUAUACAUAAGAAGGCUAUGAUGGAGCAGAACUCUUAUUUAGCUAAAGUACAAUCGACAAUCAAGAAUAAGGAAGACCAGACAGUAGAGUUGGACAACGAAAGAGAUUUAAUACAGAUACAAGCGGAUAUCCUGGCUCAAAGACUGAAUGAGAUACGGAAAGUUAGAAUGAAAUAUCAAGUGCCGAAUGUCAUGGAUUAUGUUAAAGUGAAAUGGGUGGUUACAGACUUGAAGCAUGCGAUAAAAAUGCUGGAUAAUAGAAAGCAUAUACAGCAAAUAGCUUUGACAUCUAUUAAUAGGAAACUGCAGACAAUGAGUACUAUUGCUGCUAAGAGUGAUAUAGCUGCUAAAAGCGAGACGAGUUAUAAAAAAGAAUAGUAUAAAGGUAAUACUUGAAAAGAGAGAAAACUUUGGAAAUGAAACAGGUGUAAGAAAUUGUAUAUUUUUAGUGUCUAAACUUAGUUCCGAUCUAGUCUUAGUAAUGAUUAAUUUAAAAAAUGACUUUAAAAAUAUAAUAUUACUCAUUAUAAUGAGAUUGAAACAGAUAAAAGAUUGAAUAUUAAGAUUGGAUCGGUUCUGGAUUUAGCCAUGUAAAAUAAAAAAAAUUACACUUUGAAAAAGGAAAUGCGGACGUAGUUUUCUCUCGAAAAAGUAUGAAUUGUGUAAAAA